GGCAAAAGAAAACCCAUAUCACAUUUUUUGUUUUUGGCUUUUAAAUCAUCUGGGGAAGUUGAUGGCUCUGGAAUUAGGUUUGCUGCGAACGAUUGGGGGAUAUUGAUUGGCAACAGACAAAAACAUACAACUAGGCUGCCCGGAAUUGCUAAUCCACAGGAUAGCUCCUAUUUAUGAAGCCUAGCCCAUAUCAGCAUUGGAGCAAAAUGAAGGAAAAUUCUUCUGAAAGCUCGACUGCCAAUAGACUUGAAGGUAAGGUAGCUUUGAUAACUGGUGGAGCUAGUGGUAUAGGGGCAGGCACUGCAAAGCUGUUUGUUAAAAAUGGUGCCAAAGUAGUGGUUGCAGAUGUUCAAGAUGAGCUUGGCCGCUCUCUUUGCCAACAACUUGGCUCUGAAACUGAAGAUAUUAUCUCUUACGUUCACUGCGAUGUCUCAUCUGAUUCUGACAUGCGAGAAGCUGUGGAUUUGGCCGUGUCCAAGUAUGGAAAGCUUGACAUCAUGUUCAGCAACGCUGCUAUUUCAGGUGGCUUGGAUAACACAAUAUUAGGCACGGAUAAUGAUGAUUUCAACAGGGUGUUCGAAGUCAAUGUGUUUGGUGGUUUCUUGGCUGCUAAACAUGCUGCCAGAGUCAUGAUUCCAGCUAAGAAAGGCUCUAUCCUUUUCACUUCCAGUAAUGCUGCUGCAACCUGCGUGUGUUCUCCUCAUCCUUAUGUCACAUCAAAGCAUGCAGUUAAUGGUUUAGCCCAGAACUUGUGUGCAGAGCUGGGGAGAUAUGGGAUAAGAGUAAACUGUGCAUCUCCAUUCGGAGUGGUGACUCCAUUUUUACUGCAAUACUAUGGGUUAACAGAGGCCAAUGAUACGAUGACGAACAAGAUUCAGCAAGCCAUUUCUUCUGCUGCUAUCUUGAAAGGAGAGAUACUGGAAGUGAAAGAUAUUGCAGAAGCAGCGGUUUAUUUGGCAAGUGACGAGUCCAAGUUUGUGAGCGGCAUCAAUCUUGUUGUUGAUGGAGGUUAUAGUGUUGCUAAUCCUGCCAUUGCCAAUGCCCUCAAAAGCUUAUCUUCUUCUUGAGCUUGUGUCAUGAACAAUUUUAUAUGAAUAUAUAUGGAUCAAAUAUAUUUGCAAACAAUAAAUCUGAUUAUCAUAAAUAAAAUCGUAAUGUUUUGUUUGA